AUGACCACCAUGGAUCUUCGUGUCGGCAACAAGUACCGUAUCGGCCGAAAGAUUGGCUCCGGCUCUUUCGGCGACAUUUACCUCGGAACAAACAUCAUCUCCGGCGAGGAAAUUGCCAUCAAGCUCGAGUCGGUCAAGGCCAAGCACCCCCAGCUCGAGUAUGAGGCUCGCGUCUACAAGUCGCUUGCUGGCGGCGUCGGCAUUCCCUUUGUCCGCUGGUUCGGCACCGAGUGUGAUUACAACGCCAUGGUCCUCGACCUCCUCGGCCCCAGUCUGGAGGACCUCUUCAACUUCUGCAACCGCAAAUUCUCCCUCAAAACGGUUCUCCUGCUCGCAGAUCAACUCAUCUCCCGCAUCGAGUACAUCCAUGCGAAGUCGUUCAUCCACCGUGACAUCAAGCCCGACAACUUCCUCAUGGGCAUCGGCAAGCGCGGCAAUCAGGUCAACGUCAUCGACUUUGGUCUCGCCAAAAAGUACCGCGACCCGAAGACUCACUUCCACAUCCCGUACCGCGAGAACAAGAACUUGACGGGAACGGCCCGCUAUGCCUCCAUCAACACCCAUCUCGGCGUUGAGCAGUCUCGUCGCGACGACAUGGAGUCUCUCGGCUACGUCAUGCUGUACUUUUGUCGCGGCUCUCUGCCGUGGCAGGGCCUCAAGGCUGCCACCAAGAAGCAGAAGUAUGAUCGCAUCAUGGAGAAGAAGAUGACGACGCCCACCGAGGUUCUCUGCCGCGGCUUCCCCAACGAGUUCGCCAUCUACCUAAACUACACUCGGUCCCUCCGCUUUGAUGACAAACCCGACUACAGCUACCUGCGCAAAAUCUUCCGCGACCUCUUUGUCCGUGAGGGCUUCCAGUACGAUUACGUCUUUGACUGGACCGUGUACAAAUACCAGAAGAACGCCCAAGCCAUUGCUCAGGCCGCUGGCCAGGCCAACCCCGAGGAUGAGGAAAAGGCCCGUGCCUCGCGCGCCAACGCCGCUGCGUCCGGCCAGGCUGGUGUCUCCAAGCCCAACGCCAUCCCCAGCUCUCGUCGCAAGAUGCUCGAGCGUGGAUCUGGCGCCGGCGUGGACACUCCGGAUACCAACCGUGCCAUUGGCGGUAGCGACAGGAUGCUGCGCUCCGCUUCAAAGGGAGCCAACUACGCCUCUGGCAGCUACCGACCCACAUGA